CGAACAAAGCUUGCAUACCCAUACUUGAAACACAACUUAACUUAAACCAAAUGUAUUUUAUUUGCUGUACUGUUUUAAAUGACCAGUGCAUCAACUAAAUUCUCUCGUGACGUAAGCACUUCACGCGCGAGCGAGGAGGGAGCAGACGAGAAUCCAAACGAGGCCCAGGAAUUGGGCGGGAGGAGACGGGAUCGGGACAGUGAGGCAGGAUUAUCGGAAUUUCGCAAUCCCGAAGGUAGUUAUGGACUCACGACCACUGUUGAGGAUGAGAAUGCAGGGGCGGUUUCAGACCAGGAGGGCGUGGCCGAGGGCAGUCCCCUGGGAUUCGAAGACAUGAAUCUCAAGGACGAACUCCUGAGGGGAAUUUACGCUUAUGGAUUUGAGACGCCGUCUGCAAUUCAACAGAGGGCGAUUAUUCCUUGCGUGCAAGGUCGUGAUGUCAUUGCGCAGGCACAGUCAGGCACAGGAAAAACUGCGACUUUUUGCACGGCCGUUCUCGAGCGAACCGAAUGCAGUACGCCGGAAACGCAGGCGAUCAUCUUGGAGCCGACCCGAGAGCUCGCUUUGCAGACUCAUCGCUGCCUGCUGGCCCUUGGCGACUACAUGAAGGUGCAGACGGCGUGUAUCGUGGGUGGGGGUCGCGUCGCUGAUGACGUUACGAGGUUACGUCAGUCACCGGCGCACGUUGUUGUUGGGACACCGGGGCGAGUAAAGCACUUGAUCAACGCUCAACAUCUGGACCCCCGUCGCGUGACAAUGCUGGUACUGGACGAGGCCGACGACCUUCUGUCGAGUGACUUCAAAGACCAAGUUUAUGACAUCUUCAGAACUCUGCCGGACCAAGUCCAGGUGGUGCUUGUGUCGGCGACGAUGCCUCCAGAAGUGAUGUCAGUGACGGAGCAGUUCAUGCGGAACCCCUUGCAGAUCCUCGUGAAGAAAGAGCAGCUCACCCUGGCGGGCAUCCGGCAGUUCUACGUGCAGGUCGAGAGAGAGGAAUGGAAGUUCGAGACACUGUGCGACCUUUACGACAGCGUCUGCGUGAACCAGGCGGUGAUCUUCUGCAACAGUCGCCGCAAGGUGGAGCAGCUCACGCGCGAGAUGAACGACGCCAACUUCACCGUGUCCGCAAUACACGGUGACCUUGACCAGAAGGAUCGUGACGUCAUCAUGCGCGAGUUCCGCACGGGAUCGAGUCGCGUGUUGAUCACCACCAACCUGCUGGCGCGCGGCAUCGACGUCCAACAGGUGUCGCUCGUCAUAAACUACGACGUCCCUCGCGACCGGGAGAGUUAUCUCCACAGAAUUGGAAGAAGCGGUCGGUUUGGGCGGAAGGGAGUUGCAAUCAACUUCAUCACCCAGCAGGACGGGCGCCUCAUCCGUGAUCUCGAGCAGUUUUACAACACGGAGAUCCAGGAGAUGCCCCGAGACAUCGCCAACUACGUCAGCUAGGUGCUCGCUGACGUCAGCUAGGUGCUCGUUGGAGCCCCCUGCAUCGGAACUGACAGUUUGAGUAGCAUAAGAAGAAGAACAUUACUGAAGAAGUGAAGAAUAUUAUUGUAGAAGAACAUUUCAUACCAGUGAAUUUUCAUAAUUAUCUGUAAUUGAAGAAACGCACUAAUAGUAUUUUUAUUUUGUAAAAUCGAAGUGGUUGAACUCGAUUGAACAAUUUGCUUUUUUAGGAUAAGUAGUUCACAUGUAUUAGAAAAAAUGCAAUAAACAGUUACUCAUU